CCGGGACGACCCUUGAGGAUUCUGCCGGCUCCUCGUCCUGACGGAAAUAGUGCGCGGCCGGUAUGCGUUGCUCGUGCGUGCCCCACGGACGGCGGCGUGGGGAAUCCCAAAUUCGAUUGUCAUCCGGCAACGCGAAAAGAAGCGAGAUUCGGCCCUUCGCUCUUCCCGAAGCCGGCGAAUCCGUCCGCGAGGACUCCAUUUUCGGCCUCGACCGAUCUAGCCAUUGACAGAGGAUACGCGAAACGUGAUCCUCGCGAAAGCAUGGCGGGCGUAGCGGUCUCCGUUUGCCUUUGUCUCUGAUAGAAAAUUGUCCUUGAAGGAAAAUUCGAUGAGAGAAAAGUUGCCGUGAUUUAGUCUCGAAGUGGAGGAUUGUUCGCGGGAAAACUUUACCCUGCGGCACGAAGUUUUUCCCGAAGAAAGAGAAAUCGUUUCUAAUGCUUAUCGUCAUGUGACUUUCAUGAGAUUACGUAAUUCCUCUUUCUAUGUACUUUUCCGUUUAAAUCUCAAGAAUAUAUACGUUAUAGAAUGAAGAAAGUUUUUUUUACACGUGAUAAGAAAGAAAGAUUAUAGUACAAAGAAGUUACUAUAUUGACAAAAAAUAAUGCGUUUAUAUACAGAGUAUUUUAUCUCUAUUGGAAUGUUUCAAGAUCCCAAGUUUUUUAGGUAAAUUAUUAGAUAAAUAAUUCCUGAUUGAGAAUAUUGAGAUGCUUGUUGUUUUUCUGAUAAAUUAACAAUUGAGAGUGAGCGGCUUCUGAAAAGAAAAGAAAACACAUGAAUAAUUCUUCAGUCAAUGUCAAGACUUACUUAAUUUUUAAUUUGAAAUUCCAUUGUACAAAAAUAUACAAUUAUAAAUUCCAUCACAUAAAGUACGAUAUUAAAAAUUAAAAAGACUUUAAAUAAUACUUCGUGAAACUUUUUCGUUAAAGAGGGAUCCACUUCGCGAUCCGCAUGGAUUUAUUUAUAACUCGCUAUAAAUUGUUGCAGGGUAAUUUUAUUAACAAUUUUUCAUAUAAACCUGAGUAUACCUAUAUGAACAUCGAAUGCGCACGUUCGUAUUAUUAUUUAUUCAAUAUCGCACGAGUUGAAUUGCUGUGUACAGUAGCGAACGCCGAAUCUGAUUGAGUACUUAUAUUUGGCGCAAUCAAGAAAAGAAGCAAACGACUUACAAGCACGAAUAUGAAUAUCCAUUCGCAUUCGUUCGGCGUUCGUUCGCUAUACCCAGCUUAAGAAUACCUCUCGUAAUAUUUCCUCAUACACGAUUCGCAAUCAGGUAUUUAGUUUCUGUGCUUUCCAGCCUUCAGACUGUAAUUUACUAGCCAUAAAACGUAUCGCCGUCGAUUCCUUUCCGCAGAAAUUUUCUGCGAACGCAUGAAACGCGCGAAUAUAAAGCGAUGAACUCUUUCAAACGAACGAUUAGAUGUAAAUGCGAGUAACAUUAUACGACAUGUAAGGCACCUUCGUGCAGCAAAACAGAUUUCAAGGAAAAAUUAUUUUCGACGCCAAGGACGAUUUUUCGUAAUGUAUAAUACGGCUUGAUGCGCCCCGCCGCGAAUGCACGAUGUCGAGGGUCGAGUAUGUUUGCAGGACGCAAAUCCAACGAACGGCGGUUCUUCUUAUCAGCGUCCCGAGACAUCUGGGUGUACUGUAGAUAUUUCGAGCAUUAUCUCUCGAAUUCCUGCGGUAGCGGGUACUCGGAGUACAGAAGGAUACGCGUUUAAUGUAUAUGUACUCGGACGAGCAUCAGCCCGCUCGAUCAAUGAAACCGUACAAUCUAGACAUUAAUACGCUCGCGCGAUAUCUGGAUGUUUUAAUGUACGUUUUGAAACACAAGCCCUGCAGGUUGGAAUCUGGAACGAGAAUGCGAUAUGUCGUAUGCACGCACGUUGGAACGACACUUGGCAUUACGUUUCAAAAAUAAAUUCUCUCGCAGGCGAUUAAUUCGCAGACGAGUCGCUUCUUCUCGAUCGGUUUUUUUUAUUCCCCAUUUUUUUCCUGCACGUAUAACCAUGAAUUCAAAUUAGGAGGUGUUAUAUUCAGUUGACUGUAUCAUAUUAUGUAUCAAAAGAUAAUGUGAAAGAAAUAACAACUUUACUGGGAAAAGAAAGCAGUAAUGAAAACAAACGAAAUUAGAGACGAAGAUUAUAAAUCUGCGAAAUCCGAUGAUUCAAUUAUUCAAUAAAAUAAUGAUAAUUCAUUGGAUGAAACGGCAUGAAUCGUAAAAUAUUUUUUGGCUCCAACACAAGUAUACCCGUCUUCCUGGGACACUGAUUUCCUUUUCGCGCAUCACUGACAAAAAUUAGCAACUCCAUUUAGUGGUCGUACUAUAAUUGCUCUCACAAUCAGCGAGCGUUCGCGCGCCUGCUCGAAUCAGAAAAAAAUUCGCUGCUUAGUCUUACAAUUAGAUAAAUUAUCUUAGAAGAUCGUCUUAGAAAAUCAACUGGCAGAUUAGGUUUGCAGCGACCACUAUUAUUUUGCCUUCCGACUUUUAUAAUGCAGUAAACGUUGAAGCGAGAAUACAUUUGAUACUUUGUGCUCAUCGACAACGACUCGAAUUCAGUUUACGAGCGAUAUACUCCAUAAUAAAAUCACGCACACGUAUUUAAGUGCCAUUAAAUAAAGUGAAAUUAGGAAUUAAUUCUACGAUUAUCAAUUUGAAUGGUCGGCCGAAGAUGAAGGAAUCGGGUGUCGAGAGAUUCUUCACUCUCGCAUGAAGACAUCAGUCGCCAAGACAGAGCUCGGUAGCCCGUUUUCUAUUCUAAUUCCGAAUGCUAUUCUGGUACCGGUGGAGGCAGCCAAUGGGCAACGCGUCCUCCCGGCUACCGUACGCGCAAAUACAUCCCUCACGGGCUCCUCGUCUCGUCCGGCGGGUGCACCCCCUUCCCCGUACCGAUCGCAGUCGUUCUCGAGGCAUCGUGUGCGAUGCAUUAAUCCUGUACUCGUACAUAUUACUUGCUACCGUCGUCCCUUCGUCCUUCAUCGAUAACCGCGGUGAACGUUCCUGAACCGAUCUCUCGGUCUACUCCAAACGUUCGGUCGAAAGAAGAGUGGUUUUGCACGCCGAUCAGGAUAAGCCUGAGGGGAAGAUAACGUCUCAGCCGAAAGAAGGGUGCGAUGCAGUGGCGUCGACAGAAGAAAGUCACCCACGUGAUCGGCUCCUCGAAUCAUGUGCUGCUCUUAGCGAGGUACCAAGAUGCUCCACCCGGUGAAGAGGACGAGGAGGAGGGUUUGCGAAAGGCCGACUUUGUGAAGAGCCAGGAGAAAGAGACGAACGCGCACACACAUUUCGAACGGAAUGGACAGCAGGGCGGCUACAAGCCGCGUCGGGCCGGUACCAGCACCAGCGGCGGCAGUACGAGCGGCUACGCCAGCAGCGGCUCGAGAUCGCAAAGGGACGAGAGCGCGGGCUCGCCGUCGCAGCCCAAGAUCAUCUUCAACGAGGAGGAGUACACGAGGAUCACGACGCCGCGGCAGGACGUCCUCUUUAAGAAGGGCUACCUGUCGCGCAAGAAGCCCUGGACUGGAAACGCGAGCACCAGCGCCACGCCGUCGACCACGGAGAGUCAGUCGGCGUCACAUUCCACCGCAGACGGCAGCGAAACUACAGAGGACCAGCAACUAUUGGAUAGGGACAGUGGAACGGGAGAAUAUCCGCCUAUGGUAGAGCCAGGAGCGCAACUAGGAUACGGAACGUUUUACGAUCACGCGAGCGGCUACUACUAUGAAUAUCCUGUGAUGUUGGUCGGACCUGCACCAGUACCUGCUCAAGUUGGACCAAGCGUUCUAGCGACUGUACCCUGCGGUCCAGUUCCUCUAAGACCGAUCGAAUGGAUUAAUCCUGCCUUCGUGCCUAAACUUGCCAAUCAGCCAUAUUGCUUAAUGGACUAUCAGAAUCAAAGUACGGAACCGGUCGCGAUAAUGGAGGAGCAGAACGGCACGAUAGUGACGGCGGAAGCUUCCAACAGCGUAUGGAAUGAGAGCGGCACUGGUAGCGCUAGCUGCAGCGGUAGUGUCGCCGGGGAGAUCGAGGAGCAAGCCGAGGAGGCGGACAACGCGACCGUGGAGCAUCACCCCGCGAAGGAGCAGCUCCCAGAAGAGCAACCACUGGAGCAACCACUGCAUCUCGAGGGACAGCAACAUAUAGAGAAUGGCAUGACGACGGUCGAUCCCUACCUGGAUCCACUAAUGAUGCAGGAGCCAGUGCACAUGUCGCAUAUGAUGCCGGCCGUGCCGCAGCCGUACAUGUAUCCUGGCCACUACAUGUUCGGGCCUCCCUUGGUCAACGUUAAUGGUGUUACCAUCCAGAGCGGGCCAUUGGUGAGAACUAUGGACGUAACAGCUAUGACAAUGGCGUGCGCCAAGCGAAGAAAGAAGAGAAAGAAAAGAAAACAGAGAAGACCUACUUUGGGUAACACCGAAGAUGAGGAGGAAGGGGAAUACAGUUCCGAAUGUGAUAAUGAUGUAUCGUCUUCCCGACUACCCUGGUCAGAAUGUCCGACCUCGACCGCGACUACAACGACGACGGCCGCGAAUCGACCGCUCAAUCCCGAGUGCCAGGAAUUUCAAUUGCGGUCGGUCCCGCAAUCGCGAAUUCUCUCUGAUCCUGUUUCGACAUCCGCCGUCGCCACCGUGACCGAAGAAGUCACGUCGUCUAUCAACGACGCGCCGGAUGUGUCAUCCUACGUCGAAACGGAAUCCGCCGCCAGUCGCGAGACCGAGACGUGUGAUUCGUCAACUGCUCAAAGUCUAACGAACCAGGAAGAGGCGACAAUCCGUAAUUCAGAGCAAGCCGUUAGGGAGACGUCUUUGGACGGCAUUCAAUCGCCGGCGGUUGGACACGCGCCGAGAAACUGGAACGCAGAAAUUAACGGUCAAGCGAGUCGUCUAGUCGCGAAUGUGGAAGCGAUAAUAACGAACGAAACUACGGAGAUAAGGAGCACCGCUCCGACUGAACACGAAGCGCCCUCCAGAACUGAUAAUGCUACUUUGGAGAACGAUGGCGAUUCGACCAGUGCCAAUGCGAAGCGUGAGCCAUUCGAAAGUAAUAGUAACGACGUUAGUACAAGUACAUUGAGUGAUCGCGUCAGAUGCCCUGAAGAAGGUUUAACUAAUGGCGAUGCGAACCACGAAUUACUUGCCGACUUAACGGAGAAGACGUCGGAAUCGAGAUCGGUAAGUCCUCAGGAUAAUGGCUGCUCCGAUUCAACAACGAUGAACGCCAACGAAAAAGAGGAGGUUCAACGAUUACGAUACUGCAACAAUUCAUCGGUUACGCGAGCGGCGUCACUUGGAUUGCCCAGGAAGUACAACAAGAAGGGUCUGAAAUUCGUGAGAGAGUCCACGCCCGGGCCGGACUUGAAUGACGUCGCGCAUCUGGAUGCGGAGAACAGGACGCUCGUGCAACAAUUCGAAGCUGUCGAGCUGUCGGACGCGGAUUGCAAGUGCAGUAUUGCGAACGAUAAGCUGAGCGAGACGGAACGGAAAGUGGCGAACGAGAUAGACGCGUCGGAGGUGCGUACUGAGGACACGGUCAAAGCGGCGAGCCGGGACACGAUCGAAGGCUCGAACGAGGACUCCGGAUUCGAGAGCCAGACUCGGCUGACGAAGAAGUAUCCCAUCACGGCCGCGGUGAAAGAGUGGCUGCGUCGCGCCAACUCGCCCGAUCUUUUCGUAACGUCGGCGUCGACCUCGGAGAGCGAGACGGACGAGGACGAUGAUGAAGAAAUGGAUGGAGAGCCGCCAAAAAACUUGCAAGGCAACCCCAUGCCUGCACUAUCUGCUAAUAGCGGCGUCGACAACGUCACAUCGUUGUCGCGCACGGCUAGCUGCGGCGAAUUCGCAAAGACCAACAACAAUAACAAUAACGCUAGGAAUAACGAUCAGAUGGAAGCCGAUUCGACGUCAACAUCGAUCGGCAGGAGGAAGAGGGACGCGAAGGUUGUUAAAAGGAAGACGACGGCAAAGAGAAACGACAAACGAAACAGGAAUGUCGAUGAGAGGACGCAGAGCCAGCUGGUUUCCUCGUUGGUUUCGUUGGACUUUGUCACUGCCGUGAGAUCGAGCGACAAGCCGAAGAAUAAUGUUGGUGACGUUUGCGAAUUUACUCAGGAGGAUAGCGUUGCGGGUAUGAGGGUUGCUUUAAGUUCUCGGAUAAAUUCGAAGAGAGUUAACGCAAGGCGCAUGAAGACGUUGAGAAAAAUUGAUAAAAAUCCCGUUGAGAAUAUCGACAUCAAGAUGCGACGUGUAGAUAAUUUGAGGGGCAAGGAAGUGAGCGAGGGCGGCACGGUGAGCGUGCGGACGUUCGAGAAGGGGGAGAUUAUCGUCUCGGAAGACGGCAGACUGCUACCGACGUCCUCGUACGAACCCGUCAUUCCGUUCAACGAUAAUCACGGUGAUCCCGUCGCGAGGACCGCCACUUACGUCGACGUGAUUAACAGGAACGUGGAGAAGACGACGUGCGAGAAGACUAGGAGCAGCAGCGAUAACGACGAGAACGAGAAUAGCGCGAUGAUAGCGUCCUCGGUCAGCAUAGAGGAGCCCGACGUGCUGGAGUGCUGGGAGGCGGAGACCGUCGAACCUGUGAUAACCCCGCGGAGGAUGCUGCUGCAGAGUCCGGGGGUUCUGUGCGAGGGCGAGGCGGCGGAGGACGACAGCGCCGAGCUCGAGCGGGCCAUCGUGGAGCACGUGCAGAGGUAUUACCGACUCGCGCGGGACACUGCCAACACCGAGGAGGAGUCGAGCGAGUUGAGCACGUCGGUGAUCUCGUCGAAAUCGAGAACAGUGCCAAAUGAAUGUCCGGCCGAGAAGAGGACAAUCGGGUAUUUCCGCGGCGAGGAGAUCCCGAUCUUCAUGCCGGACAAAAAUCAGGACGUUAUCAUGGACGAGAGGAUACCCGUCGACGAGGCGUUCGAGAUGUACGAGAGCUGUCACAACGGGAAAUCGCCGUUCUUGUCGUUCGACACGAGGAUGUUCGAGCGACGGCCGUUGUACGGACAGAACAGCGAGGGUCCGGUACCGUGCAGAGCGGUGUGCUGCAACAUACAAUAAUUACCGGGAAGAAUAUACGGUACACCGCAAACUCUUUUUUUUUUCCUCAAGCGAAAAAAUAUAUUAUUAUAACAUGGCUUAUAUUAUAAUAAUAUAUAAUUACGUAAUCGCGUCAGGGCCAUCCUUUUCGAAGUAGGGCCACGGACGUUGCGCUUUUUCUCCGGGUAUAUCACGUAUAUGUACGUGUCGUACGCACCCGCCCCCCCCCACCUCCCCCUCACGAUACAAAGAAAAAACCCGAAAUGUCCCGUCUCCGUCGUACGGAGAUUCAAUCGAAUCGAAUAUUCUUUCGAAGAGUUCAGUGACACACGCUCAAGGACUGAACGUUAACAAAAACCUCAAAAACAUCGCGGAUCGCGAUUACAUUUUUGUAAAUAGUUUUAAGAGUUCGUUUGUGAUCGUAUAUAUAUAUAACUCUUUCAAAAUUUUAUGUGUGUGGGAGCAUGCAUUGUAGCAGUUCACUCUACGAUAGCAUUUUACCAUUGUUGUCAUUAUACAUUGCCGUAAAUGUCAUUAUUCAAGGACAAAAGAUUCGUAAUGUUUCGGCGUUCAGCUUUUAUCUGGACCGAGCUUAUCGAGAGGUAGUACGUUUGUUUUUUUUUUUUUUUUUUCUUUCUCCGGAUGUAAAAGACAGGAAAAGAAGCGCGAAUUUUAUUUUGGAUGAAACGAUGAAAAGAGGGAGAAAAGGGGAGAGAGAGAGAGAGAGAGAGAGAGAAGAGUUACACGUAUAUGGAGGAGUGUUGGCGGCACAUAUAGGAGAUGCCAGACUGUUGUUUUUAUUCUCGCUACGAUAUCUCGUAAUACACUCACAGUCGAAAUGACAAGAGCGUUAUUUUUAGAAUCUAUAUAAAAGACACGAAUGUUAAAAAGACUAGGAGUUAUUGUUGCACGUAAUCACGUUGAAUGGCCUUUUUGCUUAGGAAAGUUCUGAAUGCUCGCAAUUUUUAACUCGGCAUUUGUCGCAGCGUCCCGCGUAAUUCAUCCGUGUGUGAGGUCUCCUCUUUCUUUCUCUGGACGAGAAAGGGAGGAGAGCGCGUAACCGAGGAGGUGCCGACGGAGCAAAAUCGUUCAAUAAUACAUAUGCUUUUAAAUAUAGCGUUACGUAAUAAAUCGCGUAGAUGUAAUAUCGCGUUCUCAUAGGAGCUAACUAGCUGAAAAAGAGAGAAAAAGAAACCCGGGCAGAACGAUAAGGCAGCGAGCCGUAGCCUUUAGCCUGUUAUUGAGAAGUAUAACGAGAUGUAUACAUAUAGCAAAAUCUUAGACGACGGUUACGUAACGAUCUGUAUUGCAGUGAUCGACGGACGUUUAGAGCAGGGGUCACCGAAUCGAUUUCUCUCGCCUGAUACUUAAUUCGCAGAAUUUGAAUCUACAUAAAAAGAUAUCGUGUCUCUCGCGUUUAACUUCGUCGUUGCAAUUUACGGGAGCUGCGCGCGACGCCCUUUAAACUCCCGCGUCUCCGAAACUGGACGCGGACGACGAAUUUUUCUCCCAAAUUUGAAUUCCACGGCACGGAUCGCUUUAAUAGUCGCACGAACGAUCUCGCCUCUAAACGUUUGUCGAGAAAUCAGGGAGAGGUGAGGUGAGGUCUUUCUUUUUUUUUUUUCUUUUCUUUUUCCGAUAGACGCGUUUCGACCGGAAUCGGAUGAACGCACCGCAAAAGAUAUGCAUAUGUGUGUACUUACGCAUAUACACAAAAAGAAGCUGCACUUGUUACGACAUAGCCCACGAACUUUAGUUGAUUUGUGUCCAGGAAUACUUAGAUCGAGGUGGUUACCUUACUUAGGUUUGCAUAAUUGCCUGUAGGUCGAUCGCUAGAUCGACGCCGUUCGCGUGUCGUCUCAUGUAAUCCCAUAUCAUAACACGUGACAUACCUCAGAGGGAUGUGUGUAAAUAAAAGUCAUUCGAGGCAUUAGCAGAACGCGAAGCGAUAAUAAGUACCGAUUAAUUAAUGAUAAUAAGGAGAGGAGAGGAGAAUGAUGUAUAGCGACGAUAAGACAGAGAGUGCUGGUGAUGACGGCAACGGGGAAGGAGGAAGGGUUGGGAGGGAGGGAAGAAGGGAAUGCGAAACCUAAUGUCACGCAGCGGCGAUACGUAGACACCAUUGUUCCUGCAAAGCUCUAGUUUCCUUAAGCAUGUAUAAAUCAUUUCCAAGAUGAUCAGGCGUAGCCUCUAUGGACGUUCGUUCACACCAAAGUAACAUUAAAGAAUAAGUAUCGAAUAUAUAUCGUUACAUUGAAAAAAAAAAAAUAUGCGCGUUGCAUCAAUUGUGUGCCUUAUUCUGUGGCGGCCGUUUUUGUAACUAUUCAAAGCACUCUCCUUGAUAAAUAGUCAGUAGCGAGAUAUCAAGGUACGAUUAAGACUUGUUAAAAAUUGAUGAAAGAUAGAGAGAGAGAGAAUGAGAGAAUGAGCGAGAGAGAGAGAGAGGCGUGCGGGAGGGCUCGCCCGCGAUGAUGAUCCUUAUCAGUGCAUGCGUAUUCGAAUGUGAACUCGUUUAGAUUCCUUUUCACGAAAAUUAUCGACCUCCAUUCGUCGGACGCGUCCGGCCCGAAUUGUACGCCGAUUAUUCAUAAAGACAUUAAAAGCGUUGCAUCUUAUACACACACGCGAGUCAUGUACAAUUAUAUUUUAGUUGAAGUUAACAUGUAUGGAAUAAGUGUACUUGAAUUUUGUUGUGUUUUUGCUUAUAAAAAUAUGAAUAAAAUUUCAAUUUUUAAAAUCAA